CGAUUUUGUUAGCGGUGAAAGUCUACGAAUCUCGACCGCCCCCGUAUUUCUACCUCAUUUAGUCAACACUGAUGACUCAUUCCGCUAAAGAUGUGAGAUAAUCAAAACCACCAGUCAAUAUGGAUGAACCGAAUUCACAGCUAAUGGAAAUGGAAUCCGAAAUGGAUGAAAACAAGUCUGGUACUGUGUUCGAAGGGCAAGGCGAGUGUGAAGAGGACUUCUCCGAUUACGGAAAUCCCGACAUGGAGGGGGAUGAGGAGGAGGGGGGUGAAUUUGAUGAAGAGGAAAAUGGAGAAGACCAUGAGGAAAAUCCAAAGUUACCAACCUUUGGAGAAGGACAUCUGGAGUUCGACAAAGUCGCCGAGUCUAAUUUUGGUGGGGAAACUGAAAAUCCAGAAGGUGGAUUCAGUCAGUCCGAAAUCAAGCAAGAGCUUUCAGACUAUGAUGAUGAGAACGCAGAGUUUGAGGCUGAGCACCUGGAAUCGAUUGAUGAAAAUCCGAUGUUAGACAAUGCAGGCUCGGAGGGUGAGCAUUCAGAAUUUGAAGGCAAAGAUUCAGAUGUUCCGGUUGAAAACCCAGACCUUGAGCAUGAGCACCUUGGCAUUCAGGGUGAGCACUCAGACAUUGAUGGUGAAAAUCCAGAUGCUGACGGUGAAAAUCUUGACUUGGAAGGUGAACAUUCAGACUUUGUUGGUCGACAAUUUAAAGUUGCUGGUCGCGACGAUCAUGAGAUGGAAGGGUCAGACUUCGAAGAGGGUGAGCAUCCUGAGCUGGAAGAUGAAGACGAAGAGGGUGAAUAUGAGGAAGGGGUAUAUCCAGGGAUGGACGAUGAGGACUCGAGACUAGAAGGGGACGAAAAUCUUUCUGGAAAGGAGGAGGAGGAGGAUUCAUCAAAAGUAGACAAGACUUCUCCGCUAUACAUUGACAGGCAACGAUCGGCAAAUAUUCUGAAACAGAUUGCAGAAUUUGAGUCCGAAGCUGUGAAUAAAACUGCUGAAAGUGAUGAGACAGCUGCGAUAGGAACUUCUGGUUAUGACAUUGAUAAUUCCAAUAUGGCGCAAAUUUCUCCGAAGCGUGAACCUCAAGCGGACACUGUUGUGGAGGAAACAAAUGCUUCUAGUCCGAGUGUUGAUGCAUUUUCAAUUAGGAAAUCCUUAGACUUGACUCGGUCGCUGAGUACCGUAGAAUGGUCGUCAAGUGCCAGUCCUUCCAAACGAGAUUUAGCUAGCUCCCCUCCAGGCCUUGGUCGUGAUGACGACCCUAGGCCGACUAAGCGUUUAAAAAUGCAGACUAUGAGAACUGAAUUAGACUUGAAAGGUUCCAUGAUGACAAGGACUUGGACUGAAUUGACUAAUCUUCUAAACGACUAUCAGGCUGAGUUAUAUCAGCGUGAGGACACGCUGACGUCGUUUGAAAAUUGUGACGAGAAGGCAGUUCUGGAAGAAAUGUCAGCGUUGAAGGAUGACCUUGGAUCCAAAGAUAGAGUAUUGUCAAAGUGUCAGGAGGAAUUGCGCACAAAAACUGAAAGACUAAAAACUGUGGAAGCUGAGUUGAUAAUGAAAACCGACGAAUUGACAAAAGUUAAACAAGAGUUAACGACACGAAAUGCUCAGGUUAAAAAGUUUGAAUUCGAUGUGCGAUAUUUGAAAAAUGAGCAUGUGGUGAAGGACAAUUUGUUAAAGAAGGUUCAGGAUCAGAUGGUGCGCGAAACUCGUGAGAUGGCAGCGCAGAUUCAAGGUCUGCGGGAAUCAAUGGAGAUGGAGAAGCGACUUGCGCAGUCGUAUAAAGACAUGGCGGAACGGGAGAGGAAAAAACGUGAGAAUGUGGAGAACAGGUGUCGUCUGCUGAUGUCCCAGUCUGGAGGGAAGGUGCAGCCCAGCAUACCAAUGAGUGCAUCCGAUGAUGGCGACGUGAUAGUCAUCGAGGACGAUGAACCCAAACGGGCAAAUAUCCGGGCCGACAUCCGACAUUCUAGACCAGCCGGGUCAGGCAUCUCAUCUUUCCGCCAAGCCUCUCCAUCUUCCAGUCUUGCGAGUUUAGGACAUUUAAGCGCUGCAACUGGUGUGCGGCGGCAGUCACCUGUUUCUAGUGCUCAUGGUUCAAGUAUAGGUGGCGCUCAAACUUCAUUCAUGUCAAGUGACAGUCUCGCUUCAAAAACUCUUAGUUCCUCGUCUAUGUUACAUGACAGUACACGUUCAUUUGCCAGUGAUCAUAAAACUACAGCGCCUGUGAUUUCUAACGUGGAAUCGCUCCAAGGACAUUCUCUUAGUAGUCCGACGAGGUUUGAAGACUCGAUAAUGAAUCCAUUACGCAGUACGCCAGAACGGCAAGAUAGUUUUGGCGAAGGUUCAAGUAUGGAAAUGUCACAGUCACCUCGACCCAUGGUAACGGUCGGACGGACAUCUGGUGGUGCCGAGAUACAGGAAGACAUUGAAUUUCCGAAUCCCAAGUUCGAUCAGAUCACCGGCACCACCUAUUAUGAGUGUCCGGAAUGUCAUAAGGGCUUCCCAAAUCGGUCGCGUUAUCGUAUCCAUUGGCGAGUACAUACGGGCGCCCGCCCAUUCAGAUGUAACCAUUGUUCGAAGACUUAUCGUCAAUCGGCACAUCUAAGUACCCAUAUUGUCACUGCUCAUCCAGAAUUGUGCUGCCUUCCUGAAGUACAGAAUUGAGUUGUGGGAAUGGGAUGUCUUUCAUGACAAAGGUAGAUUUCCUGUUUGUGCAUUUGGAACUACUCGAAAGAUCCAAAAGUCCAUGCACAGCGAUUGUUUGACAGCGUGUGAACGGACAUUAUUUGUGUAGGUUGGUUGGAUUAUGGUCGGUAAAAUGCAGAAAAAGUUUGUUGGCCUCAAGUCUUUGGUGAUGGGAACUCCUCUUGUUGUUCUCUAUUGAACAAUUUUUGUGUUCGAUUAUUAUCAAAAAUGUCAAGUUUUAUAUCAAGAUUUGUAUUUUUUAUCAAGUUCACCAGUACAGAUUAUCAGAGUAAUCCAUAGUACUGUUAAGACUCAUCAUGAUUAUCUGUUGCGUUUAUAGUUCUUUUCGGAAUUAUAUUUUCUUAUGUUUUAUGUCCGUUUUGUGAAAGGAUUUUUCCGAGCUUUUAGUUCCCAAUUGCAGUGUAUGAUUAUCAAAAAUGUAAAGUUUUAUUUCAAGAUUUGUAUUUUUUAUCAAGUUCACCAGUACAGAUUAUCAGGGUAAUCCAUGGUACUGUUAAGACUCAUCAUGAUUAUCUGUUGCGUUUAUAGUUCUUUUCGGAAUUAUAUUUUCUUAUGUUUUAUGUCCGUUUUGUGAAAGGAUUUUUCCGAGCUUUUAGUUCCCAUUUGCAGUGUAUGAAGGUGUAUCAUGGCCUCGUACUCCAGGGUUGGAGUUUUCCUUUAGUCUCAAAUGAAAAUACAGAGCUGCCAGACGGCGGUUGUUAUACCAGUGAUUCUAAUCAAAAUAUGUUAACCAAGUUAUCUUUUCAUAGUCGGCCACAUCCAGUGUUAGCCAUUGACAAAAUAUUACAAUCACCCCAGCCUUCUACUCAGACUGUUCCUCUCUCUAAUUGCAGUUGUCGAGUCCUCCUGAAGUUGGAUUGAAACGCAUUGAGCCCGGGGACACGAGCACUGACUCGGUUGUAAAGUCUUUGCUAUCGCGAGGGUACACUGUGUAUGAGUGUACGCUAUGUUCAAAAACGUUUAC